AUGGAAGCUAAAACAACAUUUUCUCAUAUUGCUCCACCAAUUUUUGAUGGUGAUAACUAUCAGGCUUGGGCUAUUAAAAUGAUGGUCCAUCUUGAGGCAUUAGAUCUUUGGGAGGCUGUAGAGGAGGACUAUGAUGUUCUACCAUUGCCAGAAAAUCCAACGAUAGUACAACUAAAGACUCACAAAGAGAGGAAGACAAAGAAGUCCAAAGCUAAAGCAUGUCUAUUCUCUACUGUUUCAAGCACCAUAUUUACAAGAAUCAUGAAUCUACAGACAGCAAAGGCUAUUUGGGAUUAUCUCAGAAGCGAAUACCAAGGCAAUGAAAGAACCAAAAACAUGAAAGUGCUUAACUUGAUCAGGGAGUUUGAAAUGCUGAAAAUGAAGGAGACAGAAACCAUCAAAGACUACUCUGACAAGUUGCUGGGCAUAGUAAACAAGGUGAGGUUGCUGGGUAAGGAUUUUUCUGAUGAACGAAUUGUACAAAAAAUUCUUGUGACUUUGCCUGAAAAGUACGAAUCUAAAAUUUCUUCAUUAGAAGAAUCUAAGGAUUUGUCAAGUAUAUCCUUGGCAGAAUUAGUAAAUGCAUUGCAGGCCCAAGAGCAAAGGCGAAUGAUGAGAAAAGAAGAAUCUGUAGAGGGUGCUUUUCAAGUAAAGGCAUAA